AUGCCACAGGAUUCCGACUCGGAUACGAUCCGUAUCUUGGUUUCAACGGAUAACCAUGUCGGAUUUGAGGAGCGAGACCCUAUCCGCAAGGAUGACAGUUGGCGCACAUUCGAUGAAAUCAUGCAGCUCGCCCGCACUCGCGAUGUCGACAUGGUUCUCCUCGGCGGUGACCUGUUUCACGACAACAAGCCGUCACGCAAGUCCAUGUACCAAGUCAUGCGUUCUCUUCGGAAGAACUGUCUUGGAAUGAAACCCUGCGAGCUCGAAUUCCUGAGCGACGCCGCCGAGGUGUUCGAGGGAGCGUUUCCCCAUGUCAACUACCAGGACCCCGACAUUAACAUAUCCACGCCUGUUUUUUCCAUCCAUGGAAACCAUGACGAUCCAAGCGGCGACGGCCACUAUUGCUCGCUUGACCUCCUCCAGGUAGCAGGAUUGGUCAACUACUUUGGGCGCGUUCCCGAGGCAGACAAUAUUCAGGUCAAACCUAUCCUCCUCCAAAAAGGGAAAACGAAGCUGGCCCUCUACGGGCUAAGCAACGUACGCGACGAGCGCAUGCACCGCACAUUUAGGGAUAACAAGGUCAAGUUUUACCGACCGGGCCAGCAGAAAAACGAUUUCUUCAACCUCUUGGCGGUCCACCAGAACCACUACGCACAUACGCCAACCAGCUAUCUUCCCGAGAACAUGCUGCCAGAUUUCUUGGACCUCGUGUUAUGGGGCCACGAACAUGAAUGUCUCAUUGACCCCCAGCGGAAUUCAGAGACCGGCUUCCAUGUCAUGCAACCUGGCUCGUCGGUGGCGACAUCCCUUGUGCCCGGGGAGGCCGUGACCAAACAGGUCGCAAUUCUCAGCAUAACUGGCAAGUCAUUCGAGGUGGACAAGAUUCCAUUGAAGACUGUUCGACCAUUCGUCACCCAAGAAAUCACGCUAGCAAAUGAUAAGCGUUUCAAGGGACUGGAAAAGAAACAAGAUAAUCGUCAAGACAUCACAAAACGGCUCAUGCUCAUUGUGGAUGAGAUGAUCGAGGAGGCCAACGCUAAAUGGCGGUCCAUCCACCACGAAGGCGAGGUUCAAGAGGACGAAGAUGAGGGACAGCCAUUGCCCCUAAUUCGACUCAAGGUGGAAUAUACGGCCCCGGAAGGAUCGAAAUACGAGGUCGAGAAUCCGCAGCGGUUCUCCAACAGAAAAUGGGAGUCUCGAGUCAGUACAAUCUCCCUUCGAGGCCGUGAGACAAAAGUGCUGACACUACUGCCUCCAGGGAAAGCCAAGGGUGGAAAUACACUUUCGAGCGGCGUGACAGAAGCUCUCGAAUCCGUAGACACCAUCAAAGUCGACACGCUAGUGCAGGAAUUCUUUGCCCAACAAUCGCUCAAGAUCCUCCCACAAGCACCGUUUGGGGACGCCGUCAACCAGUUCGUCAGCAAGGACGACAAGCACGCGGUUGAAAUGUUUGUUAUAGAUUCACUCUCAUCUCAAGUCAAGGGCUUGCUGCAGCUCGACGACGACAGGAUCACCGAAGGCCUUGACGCUCAUAUCGACGAUUUUCGAAAGGUUAUGGAGAAAAGCUUCGUUUCGGGACGGCGGAAACAGGCCCAGCGCAAGAAGCGGUUCAAGGAGAAGCCUGACGGUUGGGAUUCCGACUUGGACGGUCACUGGACAGCGCAACCAGGGGCUAUUGAGGAAGUGCCAGCGUCCCCAGAACCAGUCAACGAACGCAGACGCACACGAGGCGCUGCGUUUAGCGAUGACGACGAAGAGCUACCGGACGAUGAGCCUCCCACGAUGAAAGCACCAGUCAAACGGGUGACAGCAAAAGCAACAAAAUCCACGAAGAAGACGGUCCCAGCCAAGAAGGCAGCGCCAGCCAAGAAGGCGGCCGCUCCGAGGAAGGCUCCGGCACGGGGUCGGAAGAAAGCGAAUCCGUUCCAAGACAGUGAAGAGGAGGAGGAGGAGGUGGUGGAAGAGGAAGAUGUCAUUAUGGAAGAUGAUGUGGAACCAGAACCACCUACAAAAACAGCGGCGAGAUCUACUCGAAGCCGUGGUAGUGCUGCCAGACCCCGGCAAACGACCCUCAAUUUCUCACAAACCCAAAAGCCCAAGACGCUGCAGAAGCCCGUUGAAAUCAGCGACGACGAAAUUUCAGAGGAUGACGCCUUCGAGUCAAUGCCGGCCACACGAACCCGGCGAAGGUAA